AUGGCGGAGUGCAGAGCCGUUGACCUUCUUCUGGCGGAAGUGUCGCCGGUGAUAGACAACUCUCCCUUCCAGUGGGACGGUGGCAUGGCUGCGGGCGCUGCGAGCGAGAAGCUGAGUGUCAGUGAGAUUUUCAGCACCAUGAGUUACGGACCGGCCCCUGAGAACCCCAAGAAUGCCCAGUUUGAUUUCUACCAGGGCCACCUGGCUUCUGAUCUUAUUGCAGUACAGACCAAAGAACUGAAUUUCAGAAGGGAACCUUUGGCCAACACCAUUGAGGGUGAGGAAGCGGACAUAGAGCUGGCAGUUAAAGUUGCCAAGGGGGCUUAUGAGUCCUGGAGCAAGCUGCCUUGUCAUGUGCGAGCAAGACAUCUAUACAGUGUUGCCAGAAAUGUUCAGAAACACCAGAGGCUAUUGAGUGUUCUGGAGAGCUUGGACAACGGGAAGCCAAUCCGUGAGUCACGAGACUGUGAUGUCCCAUUGGUGGUACGACACUUCUAUCACCAUGCUGGGUGGGCACAGCUAAUGGAUGUUGAAAUGAAGAACUGGAAGCCAGUAGGUGUUGUUGCAGCAAUUGUUCCGUGGAACUUCCCUUUGAUGUUGCUGACAUGGAAAAUUUGUCCAGCUCUCGCUAUGGGUAACACAGUUGUAUUGAAACCAGCCUCAUACACCCGACUCACUGCCCUACUGUUUGCUGAGAUCUGUACAGAGGCUGGCCUCCCACCCGGAGUGUUCAAUGUGGUGACGGGAAAUGGAGCUUUUGGCAGCAAACUGGCUAUGCAUCAAGAUGUGGACAAGGUCGCUUUCACCGGCUCUACCACGGUCGGUCAGCUCCUCCGUCGAUCUACAGCUGGCACUGGCAAGAAACUAUCACUGGAACUUGGUGGGAAAUCUCCUUUCAUUGUGUUUGAUACAGCUGAUUUGGACAGUGUGGUGGAAGGCCUCGUGGAUGCAAUUUGGUUCAACCAAGGACAGGUUUGCAGUGCAGGCUCUAGACUGCUAAUACAGGAGUCGAUUGCUGACAAGCUAAUUGACCAGCUAAAGCAGCGAAUGCAACGCCUGCGUGUAGGUGACAGUCUGGACAAGGGCAUUGACAUGGGUGCAUUGGUGGAUGAAUCACAGAAGAAGACGAUCGUGGAAUAUGUAGAGCAGGCGAGGAGUGAAGGAGCAGAGGUGUACCAGAUGUGUGAAGGAAUGCCUCAGAAAGGUAUCUUCUAUCCACCCACCCUCAUCACCCACGUGAACACAGUCUCCCGUGUUGUCCAUGAAGAGAUCUUUGGACCAGUUUUGGUCGCUCUGACAUUCCGAACGGCAAAGGAAGCUAUUGCUUUGGCAAACAACUCACCGUACGGACUCGCUGGCAGUGUUUGGACUGAAAACCUGCCAUUGGCACUUGAGGUGGCAAUGAGUUUGAAGGCAGGAGCAGUCUGGGUGAAUGGGCACAACAUGUUUGAUGCCGCAGCUGGCUUUGGUGGGUACAAGGAAAGUGGAUUUGGACGAGAUGGUGGAAAAGAGGGCUUGUAUGAGUAUGUGAGGCCCGCAUGGGAGGAACGACCUCGCCCGAAUCCAGGAGAAAUCCAGUAUAAUACAUUCGCAGCCGUACAUGGAGCAGACCUUCCACCAAUACCAGGUCAGAUGGCAAAACCCAAACUACUCCAGAUUGAUGCAGUUCCGAGCAUUGACCGUACAUAUAAAGUGUACUAUGGAGGCGCUCAGAAGAGGCCUUGCAGCAUGUACUCGCGGCCCAUCUUUGACCACUGUGGCAAGGCUCUCGCCUACGUGAGUGAUUGUAACCGGAAAGAUGUCCGGAAUGCAGUCGAGGCUGCUCACUCAGGGGCACCAGGCUGGGGGAAGCGAGCUGCCCACAACAGGGCUCAGAUUGUUUACUACAUGGCAGAGAACCUGGAACAGCGACGGGACGAGAUGGCACAAAACCUUAGUGCUCUGACUGGUGUCAAGAUGGAGGAAGCUUUAAGCGAAGUGGAUGCCUGCGUUGAAAGACUUUUUUACUGGGGUGCUUAUUGUGACAAAUUUGGGGGCACGGUCCAGGAAACACAGCUUUAUGGUGCCACGAUCAUGGUUCGGGAGCCAGUUGGAGUGAUCGCCAUUGCUUGCCCAGAUGAGAACCCCCUCCUCAGUUUUGUGAGUCUCUUUGCUCCAGCCAUUAUUCGAGGAAAUGCUGUCAUCAUUGUCCCCAGUGAAAAGUAUCCACUGCCGGCCUUGGAACUUUAUCAGGUCUUUGAAACCUCAGAUCUUCCUGCUGGUGUCGUGAAUAUUCUGACUGGCUGCCGAGACCACCUCAGUAAAUUCCUAGUUGAGCAUCAAGAUGUCCAAGCCAUGUGGUAUUUUGGAUCUGAAAAGGGAUCAAAGUUUGUUGAGUGGUCAUCAGCUGAAAAUGUAAAGCGGACCUGGGUGAACUAUGGUGCUCAGCGAAACUGGUGGAACCUUCAGCAAGGUGCAGGUGAAGAAUUUCUGUACCAAGCCACACAGUGCAAGAACAUCUGGAUCCCUAUGGGAGAAAUCUUUGCCAACUAGAGACAGCCUAUCCGAGCUAAGAGACUGCAGCCCUUUCAGAGCGUAAUUUCUUCAUUCAGGAAGGGAUCAAUCAAUGAUUUUCAAGAGUGGGAGAAUGGAAUUCUGUUUUGUUAAAUUCACAUGCCUUUUCCGUUGUAAUAUGGGUUUUGAGUUAGAUGACAAACAGCAAUGGUUUUCAAACUAAUUGGUCAUGGAUCUGACCUGUCCUUUGUCUAGGUUGGUAGAAUAUCUGAUAAGUGGGAAACAUUAACCGGUAGCUAUGAACAAAAUCAAAGACAAAUUGACUAUAAGUUCUAGGUUUCAGAAUUGCACAAGUUGGGGAUCAGAAAUAGAUUACGACUCAAAUGAGAAAGAACAACUUUAUCUUUCUUUGUAACUCUUUGCAGAGUCGACCAUCAAACUGAACUGGAUUUCCCAUCUUGUUCCGUCUUUGAUUUGAUCGUUCCAUAAAGAGCUGAGUGCCAACAAGUCUUGCAGGUCCAUUCCAUCUUUUUCAUUCCUUCUCCUUCUGCGUGUCUCAGCUGAAGCUUGUUCCCUCAUCUAUGAAAGCACGUCCCACCCAAUUCACUUGUGUAAGGAUAGGUCAGAUAUACAAUCCGUGUUCCAUGACAUUUCCCAAUCAUCAGCCAGCUGAUGUUGGUGCUAACUCUGAAUCAGGAGUCUAGGUGCUAAUUUCACUGAUCUAUUCUGAAAAGUGCUACCUGCCAAUCGUGAACAUUACUUGUGAGAAAUAUUUCCUGUUAGUCCAUGCUCCACUGGCCAUAUUUGGGUAACAACAUGCAAUUAUCUUUUUUUAAAAAAAAUCUUCCGAAGAAUGGAAAAUUUCACCAAAUAUGCUUGCCACAGAUUUGCACAGCAAUUUCACCACCCUCAAUCAGUUGUGAUCCCAGGAAUAUCAUCCCACUAUCUCUUUGAGAACCUUUUUUUUUGAUGUAAUGAUUUGCAUAUUUUAUAUUUUGAACAAAUAUCAGGCAAAAUGAAGGAGUCUUGUACAAUUUGAGUCUUGUGUGAAUCCACCAUGAAUUUCCUAGAUGGUGCGAUAGCAAUCCUGCAAUUUUACUGAUAGGAAUCUGGAAUGAAUCCAGAUCAAUAGGAACAAACAUAUCCCUCACCCUCCUUUUGCUGUCUUCAAGUGUUUAAUGUGAAGUCAUAAUGUGAACACAAUUCUUCAAGCUAAGUCUGUAAGUGCCAAAAAUGUCCAUAGUUUUUGUGCUCAGUUUGGCUUUGUUUAGGAAAUGUUGCAAGAAUGAUUGAGCUGAGAAAUAAAAAUACCAACUACAUCCUUUUGCAGCAAAAGUACCCAUCCUUUACGAGUCACUUCUGAUGAACAAUAGAAUUUGUGUUUCUUAUCAUUGAAAUGAGAGUAAAUUUCUGGAAAGUAAUAGCCUUGUUGAUAAAGUUGAGGUGUGAAACAAGGGAAUGAGGUUGUAAAAUGACAAAUUUUUGUGUAAUAACUUUGUGCCUGGUGUAUGCUUCUCCCCUCUUUAAUCAGGAAUUUAUUUAUUUUAUAAUUGUAUCAGAUUGCAACUGGGUGAAUGGGAAGCAGUCUCUAAUUUACAAAAAAAAAGACUGGUGUGCGUUUCUAUAAAUUCUUAUCAGAUUUGAGAAAUAUUUUUAAAUGCUUCACAUAUACUUUUUACUGCUCUGAUAAUAAGUUCAGGUGUAAAACUUGUGACUAAGAAAACAAAGCAGGUGUGGAAACCCCUCUGGUUCAUACAAGAUAAGGGAUCAUGAGAUCUGGGUUAAUUUUAUUAACAUAAAAUUUGUCAACAAACAGGAGACCGAGAGAAAGGCUAACCAGAUCAUUGUCACAUUGACAGGCUGUUACUAAUGGGGUGUGACAUAGAACAGCCCUAGACUCUCAGCAGCUUACAAUCCUCAUCGAUGAAUUAAAUGAAAGAACAAAUGUAACACACCUAGUUUCAUUGGAGUUAAAACAUAGAACAUAGAACAGUACAGCACAGUACAGGUCCUUCGGCCCACGAUGUUGUGCCGAACUUUUACCCGAAACCUAAGGUCUAUCUAACCUCCACCCCCACCUUUAUACUAUUAUCCAUUUGCCUAUCUAAUAGCCACUUAAAUGCCCCUAAUGAGGCUGACUCCACUACCCUCUCCGGCAAUGCAUUCCACGCCCCUACCAUUCAUAACCACAGUUAUGAAGCAAGCUGGGAAAGUAGACAGUGAACAGGAUGUAAUGGUCUGCAGGUAGAGUGGUUAAGAAGGUAUCAGAUGGAGUGUUUAUAGGAAAAUGUGAGGGUAUUUACUUUAGGAUGGGUAGCAAACAUUUGUUUUUCAAAUACAGGUAUUUCAGCUAUAACGCAUUUCAUUAAUGCAAAUUGGCUAUAAUGCAAUUAAUGAAUAGUGGACGCUGUUUGGAUAACACGAACUUUCCGCUGUACAGGUAUAGCGAUUUCCCUAUAACGUAAUUUUCUGUGGCAAUUUUCUAUAGCGCAAGGUCACACAAGAAUGCAGCUAUCGCAUUAUAGGAGAACUACUUGUAGAGAGCAGCUAUUAAGUAUUGAUGUUCAGAGGAACUAACAUGUCUGUACACACAACUCAACUUGAAAAUGUAGGUGCAGCAAGCAAUUAGAAAGGUAAGUGAUAUGUUAGCCUUUGUUGCAAGAAGGUUGGAGAAUAACAGAAGGCAAAUCUUGUUGCUAUUGCACAGGCCUUUGCUGAGACCUCACCAGGUCACUUUGGUGAGAAGAUCAAAUUCAUACAAAAGGACAGUGUAAUUGCCCAAGAGAUAGUGAAUCUUUAUGGCACAGAAUUAAUUGUUAAAAUAUGGGGAUUUUCAUGUGAGGAGAUGGAAUUGAAAGGAACCUUAUUGAAACAUGUUAAGAUUUGGCGACAGGAUUGAUGCUAAGAGGCUGUUUCCUCCCGGCUGGGGAGUCUAGAACUUGUGGAUGAAAGCCCUUAAGAAAUGGGGUUGCCCAUUUGGGACAGAGAUGCAAUUUUGUUUUUACCCAAAGGAUUGCAAGUUUUUGGAAUUCUUAGGAUAUUGAACUCUGGAAUUCAGAUGCUCAGUUGCGAAGAUGAUCAAGGCUGAGAGUGAAUGAAUUUUGGGCUUUAAGGAAUCCAGGAGAUUGGUCAGGAAAGUGGAUUAGCUGUGAUCUUAUUGAAUGGCAGAGCAUGUUUAAGUGGAUGUAUAAUCUCCUCCAAUUUCUUACAUUGAUCCGAAACAAAGGAAUUGAGUUCAAUCUGGUCAUUAACACAGUAUGCAAUCGCAAAGGUUUUGUAACAAGAAUGUUAAGCAAUUAAUUUAUAAGCAUAGGUUUAGUGACUUAGGUGUAAAAUACUACCCCUUCUUGUCCUCACUGCAAAACCUGCUGGCUCCUUUUGCACUACUCCUGUGCCUAACUUAUUCCAGUCCAUGCCCUUAAUGUUUCACAUACCUUGUGCCAAUGGAAAUUAUGCUAACGAAUUAGAUUAUAUUUUCCAUAAGCUAAUUGUCUGCAGCAACCUUCAACGCAGUCCCUAUUCACAAUUGAAAUUAAAGAAAAUCUGUUCCUACUAUCUGUUCCAUCUCCUGUUUAAGUACUUCCCAUUGAUGAUCUAAGAUUCCAUUUCAUCAUUUAAUUCGGGCAGUCUGUAUUUCUUAUGUGAUUAAAAGAAUAGAAAUUGCUGGAAAAGCUCAGGAGGCCUGGUAGCAUCUAUGAAGAGUGACCUUUCCUCAGAACUGACCCGAAGCGUUAACUUUCUCUCCACAGAUGCUGCCAGACCUCCUGAGCUUUUGCAGCAAUUUCUAUUUUUGUUUGAUUUACAGCAUUUGCAGUUCUUUUUGGUUUUUAUUUAUGGGAUAAUUUUACUUAUUUUUAUCCAUGCAAGGACCUUUUUAUCCUGACUUACCCUGAUUGUACUGAAUGCCCUUCCCUCAUUAUGGUAGCCUUUGCAUUACUUUGCUGUGCAGAACUAGGUCAAGUUGAGCUUGCUACUUUGUUUGAAUCGAACAAACUCGAUGCACUCAAAAGAUCCUCUUUUCGCAGCGCAAAUACUUUCCUACCACAAUUUAUUUUUGGUUAAUUAAAAUCUCCUGUGGUUAUGACUCCAUGAUUAAUAUAUAGCACUCAAUUGCACUGUCUUAAUGUGUGCAACGUAACUGACAGGUCUCACAUUAAAUGAUGACUUUACUUCAAAAGUACUUCAUUGGUUAUGAAGUGCUGUCGUGUUGAGGUUGGGGACUGGGCUGUCAAAAAAUGCAAGUCCUUUUCUUUGUCAUGUUGUCUCCAUAUUGUGACCAAUUCUUCAGCCCUGUGGAAAAAAAAAUUCUUUUUAUAUAAGUUUAGGCACUAAUGCUGUUUUUUUAAAAUUCAUUCACAAGAUGAGGGUGUUGCUGGCUGGGCCAGUAUUUAUUAUUGAUCCCUAAUUGUCCAGAGCAGGGCAUUUAAGAGUCAACCACGUUACUAUGGGUCGGGAGUCACCUGGUCUGGCCUAGAUGUAAGGAUGGCAGUUUUCCUCCCUCCAAGGACAUUGGUGAACUAGAUGGGUUUUUCCCCAACAGUUGAAAAUGAUUUCGUGGUCAUCAUUAGACUCUUAAUUUCACAUUAUUAUUGAAUUCAAAUUCCACCAUCUGCCAUGGCAGGAUUUGAACUUGGUCCCAAAACAUUACCUGGGCCUCUGGAUUAACGGUCCAGUGAUGAUACCACUGGGCCAUUACCACCUCUACUCUCUGUAAUUGAUAAUGGUGUGUCUCCAUUGUAUGUACCUUCCUUUAUACCUGUAGAAAAUAUAAUCUGGAAGUUUUACUUGUCAAUUCUGACCAUUGGACAGCAAUUUUUCGUUGUGAUUUGUGUUCUAUUUUAAAAAGUAACAAACGUUCACUAUCCAUUAAAGUGUGCACCUGUUAGUUUGCAUUUGUUUUGUUAGGCUGUUUACUUUUGCAUCUUGGCUAUCCUCUUUUGUGAUAGUCACUUAUCACGGUUGCUUUCCCAUUUAUUUUACUCAUUUGUUCAGUUUAACUUCUUUUAGUCUUUUAAAUACAAAUCAAAACCGUUUGCAAGCUGUUCUCCUUUUACACGCCCCUACCUUCCUGCUGUAUGCAUAGAAACCCAUUCUCAAGCCAGAGCUGUGUAGAUUGCCUAAUAAAAGGGGUCAUGCUA